UCCAUGGGAGAGUCAUAAUAGAUCCCUUAAACAUCGGAAGCUCCGUGGACCAUCUAAACUGGGUCCACGGAGGCAGUGGAGACCAUUAAGGGUACUGUUUCGAAAAAUCAACUUUUCUAAAGAAUAAUACAAGGAAUGAAUUAAUGAUUUUUUACUCUCCGGAAGUUGCAAUGAUGUAAACUGAAAGCGGCUGGAACGUGGAUUGUGUAAUCCCUGUAAUUUGGUCUUAUGGAUAAAUAAUAUGAGAAUUAAUGCUGAACCAACUAGAUUUAUAGAAAUUAUCUGAUCAUCAUGGAUGAAAGUUUAAAACAUCACAACCCGAAUCCGAUUCUGACGGCGAACCCCUUGUCAAAAUUAUUGUUCUGGUGGAUGAACCCAAUAUUUCGAAAAGGCUACACAAGACGACUGGAGGUAGAUGAUAUGUUCAAUGUUACGAACGAGGACUCAUCUGAGGAUCUCGGAAAAAAACUCGAAAGGGAGUGGAAUAUUGAACUGGCCAAGUCAAAGAAAUUGGAUAAAUCCCCCAGCCUUUCCAAAUGCAUAGUCAGGAUUUUUGGUGUUCAAUAUGCCUUGUUAGGAAUCAUAGUGUUCAUAGAAGAGGCCACUAAGGUUGUGCAACCUCUGCUAUUAGGACAACUGAUCCGGUACUUCACACCUAAUUCCACCAUAUCACAAAUGGAUGCGUACCUUUAUGCCAUGGGAAUGAGUUUAGCUGCCAUUGUUCUUGCAGUAUCUCACCAUCCAUACUUCUUCACAGUUCAGCGAAUCGGAAUGCAAAUAAGAGUUGCUUGCUGUUCCCUUUUGUACAGGAAGGCUUUACGACUGAGUAACAGGGCAAUGGGGCAGACAACGACAGGCCAGAUAGUCAACCUGAUGUCCAACGACGUCAACCGAUUUGAUACGGCGGUGAUGUUUAUUCACUAUAUCUGGAUUGGUCCCCUGCAGGCCUUAUUUGUUCUGGUUAUUCUAUGGAUGGAGCUGGGCCCCUCGGCCAUUGCUGGAUUUGCUGUCCUUCUUUGUCUUGUACCAGUUCAGAGCCUGAUGGGAAAACUAUUUGCAAAGCUCAGGCACAAGACUGCGGUCCACACAGAUGAGAGAGUGAAAGUGAUGAACGAGAUUAUCUCAGGGAUGAGGGUUAUCAAAAUGUAUUGCUGGGAAAAACCCUUCGGAGAGUUAGUCGCCAAGAUCAGAAAGCUUGAAACUGAUCGCAUUAGAAUGAGCAGUAACAUACGAGCCCUAAUUUUAGGACCCUUCUUAGUCUCCAUUAAGUUUGUAAUCUUCCUGACCUUUGUGAUUUAUGUCUACACGGGAGGGGCCAUGACGGCCGAGAAGGUUUUCAUUACUAUCGCCCUUUACCAGGCCGUUCGCUUAUCCACCACCCUCUUUAUCCCAUUUGCCUUCCAGUUUUUGUCUGAGAGCAGGGUUACAGUUGAAAGACUCCAGAAAUUCCUUCAGCUGGAUGAACUUGAUCAGGGCUCUAUUGAGGAAGCGUCUGGAUUACGACCAAAACCUGAGAACUGUUUCAUAGAGGUGGACAAAAUCACUGCCAGAUGGGACACGGACUCUGAGCAGCCCACAUUGAGUAACAUCUCUGCCAAAGUGGGGCCAAGGAAACUGUUAGCUGUUAUUGGACCUGUUGGUGCUGGAAAAUCUUCCCUAUUGAUGAGCAUUCUCCGGGAGUUACCAGUGUCGGAAGGAAGCGUUCAAGUCCGCGGCAAGAUAUCCUACGUAUCCCAGCAGCCCUGGGUCUUUUCUGCCAGUCUCCGACAAAAUAUUGUGUUUGGAAACAAGUUUGACAAUGCCCGCUACAUUAAAAUCAUAAAGGCUUGUGCAUUAGAUAAGGACAUUGAAGUGAUGCCAAAUGGAGAUAGCACUCUAAUUGGAGAUAGAGGGGUCAGCCUAAGUGGAGGUCAAAGGGCAAGGGUCAGUUUAGCUAGAGCCCUGUAUAUGGAUGCAGAUGUUUACUUACUAGACGACCCAUUGAGUGCAGUAGAUGCAGUGGUCAGUCGUCACCUCUUUCAAAAGGUGAUUAAAGGAAUGUUGAAAUACAAACCACGAAUUCUUGUCACUCAUCAACUUCACUUUCUGAAAGAAGCAGAUGAAAUCAUCAUUUUAAAAGAGGGCCAGUGUCUUGGAAAGGGAACCUUUGAUGACAUUUCUACCUCAGGAAUAGACUUUUCCUCACUGUUGAAAUCAAAUGAGGAGGAAGAAAAAGAGAAACCUCCUGUUGUUAAAUAUGAGAGAGCCACUAGUGUGGAUCGCACACACUCUAGCUUACAGAACAUUGGGUCCACGAUGUCACUGACUUCCAUUGGGACAGAGUUUGAACCUGAUCCAGUUAAGCAGCCAGAAGAAGAAGAGCGUAGAGAAGGGAGAGUGGGUUGGUGGGUGUAUUUCCGAUAUUUCCAGGCUGGGUCAGGUCCGAUUAAGUUUCCUUUACUGGUGCUUGUUAAUUUGGUGGCCCAGGCUGCCUAUAUCAUGAGCGACUGGUGGCUAGCAAGAUGGUCAAACAAUGAGGAGAGGAGAGAGGACCUUAUUCAAAAGGAUUCUGUCUUAAGAUCCCAGGGAAUUAACAACACGAAUAUCACCAUCCCAGACAGCGACACAGAUUUUAAUGUCUACAUCUUCUCUGGAAUUAUAUUUUCCGUGUUCCUCUUUGGAUUACUCAGGGCUUUGAUGUAUUUCAAGGUUGCCGUGGAUGCAGCAAUGAUUUUACAUAACAGGAUGUUUAAAAGGCUCCUCAGAGCACCAAUCAGAUUCUUCGACAUAAAUCCUGUAGGAAGGGUUUUAAAUCGUUUUUCAAAAGACACAGGUCACAUGGAUGAUAAUCUACCUAUCACAUUCUUCGAUUACAUACAGUGUGUCCUGCUUCUCCUGGGCAUUGUUAUUGUGGUGGUAGCCAUUAUUCCGUACGUCUUCAUUAUACUGGUACCCAUUGCAGUUUUACUAUAUGUGACGCGUAGAUAUCAUAUCACAACCUCCAGGCACAUCAAAAGACUUGAAGGCACAACACGUAGUCCAGUAUUUUCCCACCUGAGUGCCUCCCUUCAGGGCCUGCACACAAUUCGAGCCCUUCGCGUCCAGGAGAAAUUCUGUGAGGAGUUUGACAAUCAUCAGAACCUCCACACGGAGUCCUGGUUCCUCUUCCUGUCCUCCAGUCGAUGGCUUGCCGUCCGACUUGACUGGAUGUGUGCCAUCUUUGUCACUGCUGUCUCUUUUGCCUGCGUCUUUCUAGCACAAGAGCUGGAUGCUGGAUUGGUAGGUCUGUUGAUGACCUAUGCCAUGACCUUGAUGGGUUUGUUCCAGUGGGCUGUGAGACAGAGUGCUGAAGUGGAGAGUCAGAUGAUAUCUGUGGAGAGAGUCCUAGAGUAUUCCAAACUGGACACGGAGGCAGAGCUGGAAUCUGAUAAACCCCCACCCCCCUCCUGGCCACAGAACGGAAAAAUUGUAGCCAAAAAUGCUAAACUGAGAUACGGACCUGACUCCCCGUGGGUGUUUCAUGGGUUAAACUUUGUUAUAAAAGGGAAAGAAAAGAUUGGGUUGGUUGGUCGAACAGGGGCUGGCAAGAGUUCGUUGAUUAGCUUGAUGUUCAGGAUGGCAGAAAUAGAUGGUUCAGUCAUCAUAGAUGAUGUGGACACACAGAAAAUAGGGCUCCAUGAGCUGCGAAAUAAAAUCUCCAUUAUACCUCAGGAUCCUGUUCUGUUUACUGGUACCUUACGUAAAAACUUAGAUCCCUUUGAGGAGUCUACAGAUGAACAGCUUUGGAAGGCACUGGAAGAGGUUCAACUAAAGCCCGCUGUGGAGGAUCUUCCAGGAAAACUGGACUCUGAGGUAUCUGAGGGAGGGACAAACUUCAGUGUGGGGCAGCGACAACUGAUCUGUCUGGCCAGGGCCAUCCUCAGACAGAACCACAUCCUGAUGAUAGAUGAGGCCACGGCCAAUGUAGACCCAAGGACAGACAGUCUGAUCCAGAAAACCAUUCGUGAGAAGUUUAAACACUGCACAGUCAUUACCAUAGCACAUCGCCUCAAUACCAUCAUGGACUCAGAUAAAGUAAUGGUGCUUGAUGAAGGACAGAUAAUGGAGUAUAAUCACCCCCAUGUUCUGUUACAAAACACAGAUGGAUAUUUAUAUAAAAUGGUGCAACAGACUGGAAAAGGAGAGUCACAGAAACUCCUGGAGAUUGCCAAAUCUACUUAUGAUAGUAUACCAGCAGAAGACCGGCCAUCUCUCACUGAGGAAACUAAAACUGUCACUGCAGACGAUAUUUACUUGUGCGAAGAGAAUAGUGACGUGAAUUCUAUAAGUGCUAAUCACGUCCUUCAGAAUCGGUCAAGAGAGGAAGAGGUUGAUUCUUCUGAUGAAAAUGUUCCGUCCCCCUCCGAAGGUCCAGUCAGAUCUGUGGAAGAUAAGGAAGAUGUGGAAGAUGAUGAAGAUGUAAAUGAAGAUGAUAAUGAAGACGUCAAUGAAUCAGAGACCAGUUCGCUUCUGGCUGCGAAGAAGCAGCAGAACAUGGACCCAUUACCAAGUCUUUCUUCUCAUGCUGAUGAUAAUUCUGUGUCACAUUCCAAAGAAAAUGGCCCAUUAGUGAAUUCCUCUAUCCAUAACCAGCAUGUGACUGAGAAUUCCCGUCCAAGUGAAGACUCAAAUGAAGUAUCAGAGACAACAGAACUCCUAAAUGAUGAGAAAAAUGAUGAAUAAUUUGAAAAUAUAGGACAAGAUAUUUUCUUAUCAUUAUUAGAGUGAAAGAAUUUUAGAAUUCCAAUAAUAUAAUUGUGAACUCUGUAUUUCAGGACAUUAGCCCUGCGAGUAUUCACAGUCAUUGCACCUUGUCAGUCAAUGUGAUUUUUACAGUGUACUCUGUGUACUAGGACAGGUGCUUUCUGCACCUCAUCGGUCAUUGUUUAAGUGUACAGUGUACUCAGUAGAUGAAGAUAGCUAUGGUGCCCUGUGAGAAUUUAUAGUCAUUGCACCUUUUCAGCUGAUGUAUUUGUGUACAGAAUACACUAUAUAUUAGGACAGCUAGGUGCCCUGUGAGAAUUUAUAGUCAUUGCACCUUGUCAGCUGAUGUUUUUGUGUACAAUGUAUUCUGUAUAUUAGGACAGCUACUUGUAGGUGCCUUGUGAGAAUUUAUAGUCAUUGCACCUUGUCAGCUGAUGUAUUUGUGUACAGAAUACACUAUAUAUUAGGACAGCUAGGUGCCCUGUGAGAAUUAAAGUCAUUGCACCUUGUCAGCUGAUGUAUUUGUGUACAGUUUACUCUGGAUAUUAGGAGAAUUUAUAGUCAUUGCACCUUUUCAGCCAGUGUACAGUACGGUGUACUCAGUGUAUUUGGACAGGUUCCAUCUGAGUGUCUAUAGACCUUACACCUUGUUUGCCAGUGUAUCAGUGUACAGUAUACUCUGUACAUGUGUAUUUAGACAGGUGUCCUUUGAGAGGUUAUAGACCUUCUAACUUGUCAGUUGUGAAACCAAUUUGAUAAGUGAUUAUAUAAAACAGGGAUUGUAAGAUAUACAUGUAUAAGGUGUUUACGGGUGUGUUAACAGAGUUAAGAUAUCUAAGAAUCUAGAUUUACUUUAGCAGUUGGCUGUACAGGAAUACAGUAUGUAAAUCUAGAUAUUGCUUGGACAUUUGUAUGUAUAUUAGAGUGUUUAACAUAUUGUGGUAUAAUGUUAAUGUCUAAGUUUUGUUUGGCCUCUGUUAAGCAUUCCAAAUAAUAAAGGCUGCAGGAGGGUAGAAGUCAGUUAAGUUGCAUGCAUGUUGUUUUAUAGGAACAGCUAGGUAGUAUAAACAAUAAUUUAUUUUAGCUUCAGUUUUCACCGAAACAUAAUUAUAUACACAUGCACUUCUAAUAUUUGGCAUUUUAAGUACCGGGUUUGCAAAUGUAGAAAUAAAUUGUCUCAUACACAUGUACUCAUCUCAUCACUUGUGGAAGCCAAUUAUGAUGAGAAAAAAUGAGCCAUUUUUCUAUAAUGUUUGCAUUUUAAUAUUUUGAUUUUUAAAUGUUUUACCAAAUGUUUUACAAAUCAUUUUUACUCAACCUUGCCACAGAUAUGCCACCCUAAAAAUUCAUAGAGUGCCUUUUCCCCCCAAAUUUUUAUACAUUGUACAUUCCAACAGGUGCAUGUAAUAAAAAAAAAUCUGUAUUAAUUUUUUCCUAACACAGUUUUAAGGAAAUCAGUUUUGCAAAUUAAAGAAAAAUUUAAAUUUUAAACAAAGUUAUUAUUAUUUCCUUUAGCUUAAAUGAAAUGCAGAUUUUUAGGAAUCAAGAAAAGGAUUUAUGUAUUCAAAUGUGAAAUACUAUAAAAAGUUAUUAAAGUGCAGGCUAAUCCUCUGCAAGAUAUAUAUUUUUAAAGGAUUUAUAUCAAUAAGUUUAUUGCAUAUUACCCGGUAAUGUAAACCAAUCAUGCUAAACAAUGGAAGGUUUCUAUUGUGGAAAGGGAAUGAAAUAUCAUUAUAAACAGGGAUAACUUUCUGUCUCAUUUGUCUAUAGGGUUUAAACAUGUAUCUUUUGUUAAUGUAUUUUUUUUCAUUAAUUUACAAACCAAGAUAAGGUUUUUUUAGAGGUACAUGUACUUAAUUUGUUAAUGUUGAAUGUUUUAACUGUACGGAUUGUUAAGUCUGUGUAAAAUUUUUAUUUGAAAAUUGAGGUAAUAUAAUUCUGUGUAAUAAUUGUCAUCCAGAAAAUGUAAGAGUGAUCCAGCUUUAGAAUAAAAUAUUUUCAGUUAUA